AUGGACGACAAAGGCGAGAAUCAGUCUGCAGACCAGAUCGAAGACGCUGCCCAGCGCAUCGACUCGAGGGAGGAGAAGCGCAUUCUCAAGUCCAUCGACCGACGCCUGGUCACCACGCUGGGUGUCAUGUACUGCGUGUCGCUGAUGGACAGGACUAACCUGGGGGCUGCGAGCAUCGCUGGCAUGAGUACUGAGCUGGUGCUCAUAGGAGAACGAUAUUCUAUUAUUACCCUUGUCUUUUUCGUCACCUAUGUCAUCUUUCAACCACCUUCGACCAUCAUGGUGCGCGCCCUGGGCCCGAGAAUCCACCUGUCGGUCAUUACGCUGCUGUGGGGAGCCUGCAUGAUCGGGAUGGGCUUCGUUAGAAACUGGCAGACAAUGGCUGGUCUAAGGGUCAUCCUGGGUGUUCUUGAGGCCGGCUUCUUUCCAAGCUGCGUCUACCUGCUGAGCACCUGGUAUACAAGGUAUGAGAUGGGCAAACGCUACUCUGUCUUUUACCUCCUAGGCUGCGUAGCCUCAGCCUUCUCAGGCAUCCUAGCCUUCGGCCUCAUGCAAAUGAACGGCCUCGCCAACCUCACCGGCUGGCGCUGGAUCUUCGUCAUCGAGGGCAUCCUGACCUGCCUGCUGGGCAUCGCAGGCUACUGGCUCGUCAUCGACUUCCCCGACUCGUCCCGCCCCUCGUGGCGCUUCCUGACAAGCCAGGACCGCGCCUGGGUCGUGUCCCGCGUCGACGCCGACCGGGGCGACGCCAAGGUGCAGGCGUUCUCGCCGGCGCUGUUCUUCCGCGCCGGGCUCGACUGGAAGAUCUGGUGUUUUGCGCUCAUCUUCUUCAACACCACGACCGUCACCUACGCGCUGGCGUAUUUCCUGCCCGUCAUCCUGAACGAGAGCCUCGGGUUCUCGGUCGGCGCGUCGCAGUGCCUCGUCGCCCCGCCGUAUGUGCUCGCCGGCGGCGUCAUGUUCGGCACGGCCUGGCUGGGCGAUAGGUAUCGGCUGCGCGGGGUCCCGAUCCUUAUUAAUAUGACGCUGUGUGUUGUGGGCUUGCCCAUCAUGGGAUUCCACAAGAACCCUGCUGUGCGGUACUUUGGGGUCUUUCUAGUCACGGCGGGGGCCAACUCGAAUGUGCCUGCUGCCAUGAGCUACCAGGCGAACAACAUCCGUGGCCAGUGGAAGAGGGCCUUUUGCAGCGCCACGCUGGUGGGGUUUGGCGGGAUUGGUGGUAUCUGUGGCAGUCUGGUCUUUAGAGAACAAGAUAAGCCUACCUAUAGGCCUGGGCUGUAUGCCUGUAUCGCAUGCUCGCUGCUUAACAUUGUUCUGGUGUGUGUUCUCACGGUGUACUUUAGGAUCGAGAAUGGGCGGGCAAGCCGUGGUGAGAAGGAGCUGGAGACGGAUGACGAGGAUUAUCAGCCUGGAUUUAGAUAUACGUACUGAUUAAGUGAGGAGGUUUUGUGGUAUAACAUACGUGGUGGGAGAUGGGGUGAUUAUUCAUCCAUGCCUCUUGGGCAACUAUUUGGAAUCACGCGUGACUAUUGUAUGGAUUAAGUAGACUAUCAAACAUAUACGAAGGAUUGUAAGCUUC